AUCUCAAUUAGUGACAAUUUCUCGAUUUUUCAAAUUUUGCCGCAAGUUUUCCAAAAAGUUUCACUAAACUUCUCGUUUAAAUUAUUAGAAAAAAUUUAUUUUUAAGGGCAAUAUUUUAAACUUUAAAUUUCGAAAUCAUUUCUUCUACAUUAAUUUCACAUAUUCAAGUGUACUAAAGUUAAUUAAAGAGUAGUAGAGAAAAGAUUUUGUUGUCAUUGGCAGAGCACGUUUUUCAAUUUUGUUGUGUCGUGUAAUAUAAAAAAAAAGCUAAAAAUGUCUGAAAAUAAUAGAUUGAAGAACUACAAAAACAAGGGAAGGGGAGUUGAGGAUUUGCGACGUCAGCGCUCGGAGGCCAGCGUGGAGUUAAGGAAGGCCAAAAAGGAGGAGCAGUUCUUAAAGAGGCGAAACAUGAAUGAAGAACCAGAGCAGCUACCACUUCAGGAAAAUAAUUCCCAGAGUCAAGUAAACCCAGUGAUGCCCCUUGAUGAGAUAAAGAGAGUCUUCAUCAGCUCCAGCAAUCCAGAAUUGCUCUUUCAAGCUGUUCAGAGCAUCAGGAGGAUGCUGUCGAGGGAAAGGAAGCCUCCCAUUGAAUCAAUCAUCGAAGCUAACUUCCUGCCUCCGCUUGUUGAGUUUCUAAGCUCUGAAAACCAUGACAUCCAGUUCGAGGCCUCAUGGGCCCUGACCAACAUUGCCUCAGGAACCUCCAUGCAGACACGAGCUGUCAUCAAAGCUGGGGCCAUUGUCCCUUUUGUUAAUCUCUUGUCCAGUGGUCAUACCAAUGUGGCCGAACAAGCUGUCUGGGCAUUAGGAAAUAUUGCUGGUGAUGGUUCAGAUACACGAGACAUGGUAUUAGAAGCAGGGUGUCUCAAACCCCUUCUUGCUCUCAUCCAGAAAGCAAUCGAUAAAGCAGCAGAGGAUCCAGAAAGUGGUUGCCUACCAUUCCUUCGCAAUUUGACGUGGGCUCUAUCCAAUUUAUGUCGCAACAAAAAUCCUCCACCAAAGAUUGAAUACAUGAGGAUGUGCCUGCCAGCGCUGAUUCGCCUAAUCCACAUCGGGGAUAAAGAUAUAGUGGCCGAUGCUACCUGGGCCGUCUCGUACAUUAGUGAUGGGCCUAAUGAAAGGAUCCAGGAAGUUAUUGAUUCUGGUGUGGUACCGAAGUUAAUUAGUUUGCUGUCUGUGCCCGACGUUGCUGUCUUAACUCCGGCCGUGAGAGCCAUUGGCAACGUUGUAACAGGGGAUGAUCAUCAGACUCAGUACGUACUAGAUCUGAAUGUCCUAAGUAACUUCCACUUCCUGCUGAACCACGAGAAGGGAGCCAUACAGAAAGAGGCCACGUGGAUGAUUUCAAACAUCACCGCUGGCAGUCCUAUGCAGAUACAAGCAGUCAUAGAUCAGAAUUUGGUUCCCUGCAUAAUAAAGAUUUUGGCCACGGGUGACUUCAAAAGUCAGAAGGAGGCAGUUUGGGUCCUCAAUAAUCUGACUUCCGGAGGUACUGGGCCACAGAUUGCAUACUGUGUUCAGGCUGGUUGUAUCCCUCACCUAUGUGAUUUACUCUCGAGCAAAGAUUCCAGAAUAGUCAGCGUCAUUCUAGAUGCGCUAAAUAACAUCUUACACGCAGCUGCCCAGGUCAACCAGGUCGAACCAGUUGCAAUGAUGAUCGAAGAGUGUGGGGGUCUUGAUAAAAUCGAAGCCCUACAGAACCACGAAAAUGAACUGCUCUAUAAAACCUCCCUUCGUAUUAUAGAGAAAUUUUUCUCUGACUCGGAUGAGGAAACAGAAACUUCAGCCCCGGCCGAAAUGAAUGGAACUGCUGGCGGAGCCCUGCCUAACAACUUUAAUUUUUAAUUUAAGUUUAAUGUACAUCCCAUCUGCUGUUAACUACAAUAAUUUUUAUCCCAUAAUUAUUACGUCACAGCUAUUAAAUUAUUUAUUACUACGAUAAAGAUAUUAAUCAGGUUGAGAUAGCGAGUUAUUUGCCUGUGUGCAUGUAAUUUUAUAUCUGCUAUAUAUAUAUAUAUAUAUAUAUAUAUAUAUAUAUAUAUAUAUUUGCUGUUUAUACAUACACAUCUAAAAAAAAUUAACCUGAUCAGACUUUAAUAUUUGAAAAUUUCCUAAAUAUUUAAGAGAGCCAUUCUUAUUAAUAUAUUUCAGUUGUCUCUAGCUAUGUACGUUGAUUUUAUGUUAUACGUUUUUUUGUUAUUCACUUCAUCUUGUUGCAAAAUUUAAAUGAUAGUUGAGUAGCAAGCAUGUAUUUAGGCACGUGGAAUCAAACUGGUGUAUUUAUAUAUUGAUUGGAUGUAAGCACAUUUUGUUGAUGCUGGGAGUUUUAUCCAAUAUGUUUGUUCUGUUCGAAAAUAAUUAUGAAAUGGGGAU